UCUUGAAUCAUCUAUUGUCUUUUAUGAAAGGAAUCAAAAGGGUUGAUUCUGAGGUAGAAAUAAAAGAUUUUUGAACACCAACUGUUUGAUAUAUUGACUCAUACAAUUUAAGUAUAUAUAAACUCCAAAAAGAGUUAAGUUAUGAAAGCAUCUAGACUCUAGAGGACUAUUCUAGCAUCUAAUUAACUUGAUUUUGAUGCCUAUAAUUGGUUACAAUAUCUUCUUGGUGUUUUAUAUACCAAUUGAAAUUGUACUGGAGAAGAGGAUUAAGGAAGGUUAACAAUUACAAGAUUCUAGUGGAUAAGGUUAGUUUACAAAGAAAAGCAAACUUAUGGAGGAAAUAGCUUCGACGGUUGCAGUGCCAUUUACACUUGGGAAUUUAAUAUUAAAAGAGUCAGCAGUGACAACACACAUGGAAAUAACUGGUCUAAACCUAAUGGCAAAUACAUCAACAGUUUUAAUAUUAAUAAAUCCUUCUUCUAUUAAGGGUUGUCUAUCCUUCUCUGUUGGAAGUGAAGACGACACCUAUAUUAGUCCACAACAACAUCAUUUAUCAGUGUCAUUAGAGGUUAAGGAGAAUCAAGUUGGAGCUGAACUUGUCUCAGAAAUGGUUCUUGAAGGUGACAGUGUUGGAAGAAAUGAUGAAGAAUUCAAGAUAGCUAAGGAUUUUCAGUAUGCUUCUAGUAAUAACAAAAGUAGUCCUUUUAGGGAGGAAUCUACAAUUUCUAGGACUAAUUUUUCUGAAGUGAACACACCAAAUGUUAUUGUGGUUGAUGAUAACAUUGGUGAUAGGUUGAGUUUGAAUGAGGCGGUGAAGAACAAUGCUUCUGUUGUGAUGAAACAUGAGAGUGAAGAUGAAAGUAAAUCGGACGGUCAUAAUUCAAAACCAUUUGAUGCAGUUCAUGAGAUGCUAGAGAAGCAAAUAUGCAUAACAAGUUGCCAUAAUAAUGCUUUGGAAUUGAGCAAUACUCCUCGUUGGGGUUUCUCAUCAAUUUGCGGAAGGAGACAAGAGAUGGAAGAUGCUAUUGUUAUUAAGCCUCACCUUUUUCAAGUUCCUUCAACGAUGCUAAUGGAUGAUGACCAUGUGAAUGAAAACACAAAAACCUCACUAGCACACUUUUUUGGAGUCUAUGAUGGACAUGGAGGCAGUGAGGUUUCCAAUUACUGCCAGAAACGUCUUCAUUCAGUUCUGACUGAGGAGAUAAAAGCUGCAGAAUCAAGUUUGUCUGAAGAGAAUGGACAAUACGACUGGCAGGACCAAUGGAAGAAAGUACUCACCAAUUGCUUUCAAAAAAUAGAUGAUGAGAUUGAAGGAGUUCAUGCAUCUGAGUCAAGUACCGAAGAAACUCUUGCUCCUGAGGCUGUUGGAUCCACUGCACUAGUUGCAGUUUUAACUCAAACGCACAUAAUAAUUGCGAAUUGCGGCGAUUCAAGAGCAGUCUUGUGUCGCGGAAAAGAAGCGCUGUCUUUAUCUACUGAUCAUAAACCAAAUAGAGACGAUGAGUGGGAAAGGAUAGAAGCUUCGGGAGGAAAGGUCAUACAAUGGAACGGGUACCGAGUUCUUGGAGUUUUGGCAGUGUCAAGGUCCAUAGGUGAUAGAUACUUGAAACCAUGGAUAAUUCCGGAUCCUGAAGUCAAUUGUAUCCUCCGAGAGAAAAAUGACGAGUGCCUUAUUCUAGCCAGUGAUGGUUUAUGGGAUGUGCUAACAAACGAAGAAGCCUGCGAUAUUGCUCGAAAGCGAAUCCUUAUUUGGCAUAAGAAGAAUGGAAGCAAUGUAUCAACAGGACAAAGCGAUGGAGUCGAUCCCGCAGCUCAGUAUGCUGCUGAGUAUCUAUCAAAACUUGCCCUUCAAAGGGGAAGCAAAGAUAAUAUCUCAGUUAUUGUUAUAGACUUGAAGGCUCAAAGACAGUUCAAGAGAAAAGCUUAACAUAGAUAUUCAUCAUUUGGAAUAUUUAUAGAUAAUUCAAAAUUUUUUACAAGUAUUUCUCAGUCAAAUAGCAUAUUUAUUUAUAUAAAAAUAGCAUAUUAUUUUAGCCUUUUUGUACAAUGUAUUUAUUUAGCCCUUGAGUUUUUUCAUUAGGGCUAUGUUCUAUAUAUAUAUAUAUAUAUUAAAAUUUGCAGUGUAUAAGGAUACCUACAUUAGAAUACUGCAUUAUUUUUUAAUGAUGUAA